AGUCAAAUAAAAUAAUUUUUCAAAUUUUAUUUUUCAAACGCACAUAUUUUUUAUUUUUCUGAAACAUGGCCAAAAUGGACCCUAAUUCUCCAGCAAAUGAAAUGAAGCAAAUGCUAGAUCACCAUGUCUUCAUCGUUAACACCGAUCGCAAAUCUCUGUUCUCGCAAAUUAAAUCGAUGGUCUCGCAGGCCCAGGAUGUUGCCCUCAACGAGUUGAAUCAAAGACGUAGCAACCUCAAAGAACUAUUGGAACGUGAGGAUAAAAUCUAUGAAGAGGAAUUCGCCAAUAAAGUAAAAUCACGUAUGGACGAUGACAGAAAGCAGCGCAAGGAAAUUUUGCUACAAAUUAAAGAAGAAAAUGCCAGAAAUGAGCAGGAAUUCCUGCAGAACAAGCGUGUGCAGCAGUACAUGAACAGUUGUUAUGAAAUACGUGAAGCUGUGCGGCAUCGAGAAAUGCUGAAAGUCAAAGAAUGUCAACAAGAGCAGAUAUUGGAAAAGGAGCGAGCCCUACGGCGGCAGCGGCAAGAAGAUGACUAUUGGCUGAAGGUGCAACAGCGAAAUAUGGCCGCAAUGGAUAGACAACAAAGGCAAGAAGAGUCCCUAAAGAAAUCAUUGACGAAACACGUUUCAGAUACCCUAAAAGUUCAACUAAUUGAACUGGAAGAGAAAAAGGAAAGAAUGUGCCAAGAAAAACUGGAAGAAAAGCAGCAAUUGGAUACCAUAUUGGAAGAGCUGCGUUUGAAGGAAUUCGAUCGCAGGCAUAGGGGUGUAUCUUCAAAGAUUUUGGAAUAUCGCAAAGAGCUUUUAGAUAUGAUAUCUAAAAAGCAAAUACAACACCAACAAGAGCAAAAGGAACAUUUAGAAUACCACAAACAAAUGCUGCAACAAAUAUCCCAAGAAGAGGAAAAUGAAGCCAAGGAGUUGAGAGAGAAAAAGAAAGCUUUGCAUAAGGCCACGAUGGAUUACAUAAAAUAUGUCAAACAUCUGCGUGACAUAGAGCAACAACAACUGCAAAUGUAUGAUGAACGCAUGAAUGAUUUGUAUCGCGUUGAUUUGUGCACAAAACGCAAUAUUCGGCGCGAAAAAGAACGCAAAGCCCGCCUGGCAGAGGAAUGUUUUGCCGAAUUGCGCAAACAAAUCCAAGAACAAUGCGAAAGACGUCUACGCGAAGAAGCCGAACAGCGGGAAUGCAAAAUUCUCGAAAAUCGUUUUGUACGAGCAGAAAAAUCACGUCAGCAAAUACUUGAAGAGAGGCAUAGAAAUCGUUUGGAUUUAGAUAAUCAGAUAAAAGUGUUGAAGAACAUUCAAGCUGAGGAGGAAUCAAAAUUUAAUAAAGAUUUGGAGAGGGCAUCUAAUGAUCCAGAAUUUUGCUCUGAAUUGGCAAAACAAUAUAUCCGAGAGGACAUGGAUUAUUUGGAACCUCAUGCAAAUUGGCGUUUGUUGACAGGCCCCAGUAAAACAUGUUGUCCCACAACCGUAACUGUAAAAGGUCACAAUAAAAUGUCGGACGAGAAAUUGAGGAAUGAAAAUCAAACCGAUUGUCAAUAUAAACGUAUUGAUGGCAGGGGAGAUGGUCCGAUUAAUUGAAACAAAUAUGUACAUUAUUGAAUGAUAUUGUCUUUU